UUUCCUCUAACUUGGUCAUGUCGAUAAUUUCUAGUAAAAGAUCACAUCUUUACAAGUUUUACAAAACUACAUUUAGUGAUUUGAAUAUGGAUAUAUUACCGUUAAUAUUCCAUAAACUUUCCUUCAUGGAUUUAUUUCAAUGCAAGCAAGUUUGUUCUUCAUGGUAUUCUUGUCUCAAAUUUGUAAAGGCUCAUCCAUGUCUAAUGCUUCCUAAUCAAGAUGAUAAUCAUUAUGAUGAUGUUGACGAUGAUACUAAUCAUCAUCAUCAGAGAUUCUUUAGCCUCAGUUACAAAAAGGGUGCUGAAGAAUUUUAUAAAUUUGAAGAUGAAAUAUUUGAUCAACAUGAGAAUUUGUUCUUGGGAUCUUCUAAUGGUUGGCUUGUGGUUUUGAACAAACCCAAAAAAGGGUCUUUUAUUCUCAAUCCAUUUACUAAGAAGAAACUUCACAUUCCCAAUGUUGGUACUAGCCUUACUUGUACAAUUAUCUCUAAAGCUAUUGUCGUUUCAUCUAAGAAGAAACAAGGAAACGACAACGACACUAAUUGGGUUGUCGUUAUAUAUGGAUAUGUGCAACAAAAGCUUGCAUGUUGUAAGGUUGGAGGUGAUGAUGAUUGUUCAUGGAAUGAUUUAAAAGACUCUGCUUAUCCAAAUAUGUCUUUUUGUGAUAUUUUGAGUCACAAAAAUCAUUUAUUUGGUUUGUCAAAUUCCAACCAUGUUCAUAUUUGGGAUUUUUCUCACAAUGGGUCUAAUGUCCCUACUAAACUCAUUCCAUUAGUUCCAAAAUCUCAGCCUUGUUUUGAUUUGUUGAAAAGUGAGAAGUUUAAAAAAGAAAGUUACUUUUGUCAAAGCUACUUGGUUGAAUCAAUGAGUGGUGAGCUAUUACUAGUGACAAGGGUUGUUGGGUGUAUAGUGAACUCAGAUGGUGAGUUGCUUGAAGAGGCUGAUCUUUACGAUGGUUUGAUUUGUCCUUACUCGACGGUGGCGAUUUGUGUUCAUAAGAUGAAGAUGAAGAUGAAGAGAGAGACAGAAAAGUUGGAGUUUGAAUGGGAGAAUGUGGAGAGUUUGGGGUGUGAUGAAGCUGUUUUUGUUGGAAGGAGUGAAUCAAUGUGUUGUUCAACUGAGUUUGUACCAGGAUACCAAGGAAACUCAAUCUAUUUUAGUGAUGAUAAUUGGGAUAUGAUGGAUAUUGAUUACUCAUUUGGUGGCCAUGACAAUGGUGUUUACAGUAUGGAGACUAAAACUGUUGUUAAAGUUGAACCUUGGUUUGAUCAGAUUCAAGCUGAAAAGAUUUAUCCACCACCAUUGUGGAUACUUCCUAAACUAGUUUAGAAAUUAUUAUUGUUAGAUAAUAUACAAUUGAACUGAUUCAAUUCAAUGUAAUUGUCACUAUGUUGUUCUUAUUUCUCUAUAGUUAUAUUUUAGUAAACAUCCUAAAAUCUCAAUCACCCAAAUCAAUGAAACUAAGCUAAUCACACAAACACAUAGCUUUCUUAAAUUCAAAAUAGAAAUUUUCAAACCCAUUUUUUACCAUUUGAAAUUGAUACCAAAUAGUAAUACAGCAAAAGAAGUUUGAAAUUGUGUGAUUUGAUUUAUCUCAAAUAAAAACUAACCAUAAUAAAGUCUUCUCCUUUAGAGCAAAGGAAACCAACCCUAGAAAGCUAAAUUCAUCAAUUGAUAUCGGAAUCAUCGAAGUCGUCUUCGAAGGAGUUGAAGAAGUCGGCGUCGGUGAGCUUGUUCUCAGCGAUGACACUGUCGCCUAGAAUUUCAAGUGCGUCGGCGUCAUCAACGUCCAUAGCCAUUGUCGAGGGUUGAUCAUCCAUGUCUCCGAAUAAAUCCAUGGCUGUUGGCUUCAUAAUCUCCAAUCAAUCAAUCAAAGAGUUGCAGAACGUUCUCGAAUGGGGGCUUUUAUUC